CUGACAAACAGAACACACUCAUGCAAAUAUUAUAACAAACUUUUAAGUGGGGACACGCCAUGACUCCACGUAUAGCUAAACGGUGUAGCUGGUAAACCAUUUUAACAUGACCAGUUUAAAAUGACUGAUGAGUCAAUAUUUGACUAGUUCAAUGUAGGUAGUUUGAAACGUGAAGUCUGGAAAACAAAUUUCAGUCAGCUUACCUAUCGUAAGGUAACGAAGCAAUGCCGCAGAUUACCGCAACAACCAUACUACAACUGGCGCUUCUUCUCUCGGCAUUGCCCGCGCAGUACCUCAUGUCCAAAUGGAGCAGCGUGUCAGCGGCAGAGCGCUACCACAGUAUUAAAAGUUUUCUGAGAGCUUGGAAUGACCUCAGCUCCUCUUACCUGAACGCCAGCGCUUGGAUUGAGUGGGCAACGUCGUGGGUGCCCAAAGUGACCUUUUCCAGGCUCUUUGACGAUCCUGAGGAAGUGGAGGAUGUGGAUGAUGGCUCCCCUCCCCUCGAGGAGUUGCUCCAGGACAACGACCUUGGUUACUUUGCAGCCUCAAAAGAUGUCCACAGCCCGCGGCCAAUGUAUGUGUUGCACCGGGUGGGUCAUGUUGUCAUGGAGAAUCAGAACAACAUGGUUGGUGUGAUCGUUGGCUGGGAUGCUGAGCUGCGGGCGCCGGCAAACUGGAUCAAGAAAAGAUACACACCGCCAGAGCUGCAGAGUGCAGUAGAUAGUCCUCAUUAUAAGGUUGUGUUUAGUGGCCCUGCCUCAUCCUCUAUUAUGGUGGGAUAUCUACCCCAGUCAGCUCUGAGGCGAAUCAGAGGAUACAAGCCGGAGAUCCCCACCCUUGACCUGUACUUCUCCGACUUUGACGGCGAGAAGUUUGUAAUGAAGCCUUGGCUGGAACAGAUCUACCCUGAAGACUGAGUAAGAAGACGGAGAAGGAGAAGAGAGAGAGAGAGAGAGAGAGAGAGAGAGAGAGAGAGAGAGAGGGAGGAUGAUGAUGAUGAUGAUGUUGGUGAUGAUGAAGGUACAGAAAGCAUGAAGGCUGGGUAGACUUGAGAGUUGACAUGGAGCAGUUGAAGAACAUAAUAUAACAUUAUGUAAUUUA